AUGCCUACCUCUGAGAUCCACAUGGACCCGGGGUUCUACGAUGACCCGGAGGUGUUCCGCCACGAUCGCUUCGUCGGCAGGGCUGAGCUCGGCAUGGUCAAUACCACGGAUACGUUUCUGGCGUUUGGUCACGGCAGACACGCAUGUCCCGGCCGCUUCUUCUCUACUCAUGAGCUGAAACUCCUCUUUGCUCACAUCGUGCUGAACUAUGACUUCAAGUUGCUCGAUGAGAGGCCCAGGGCAAUUUACCUGAGCGACUUUUGCUUCAUGCCAGAAGAGGUCUUCUUUGAGACCUGUCGUAGGGAGAAGAGCGCGCAUCUCGAUCUGGACACAUAA